UUGAUCAACCGUUGUCAACAAAAAAUCAAAACCGAAAACAAAGAGAGUCAAAAGUCAAAACCCCCAAAUUGAAAACCUAGGGUUUUAGAGCUUCAAAAUCAACAACAAUGGCGGAAGCAACCUGCAGAGUUCUUCGAGACGGAGCAUUAGAAGGAGAGUUAGCUCCAGCUCUCACAAUCAAAGACUCCAUUCUCUCUCCUCUAGCCUCCCAUGUCUUCGAUUACGUCGUUUCUCAGCUUUCUUCCUUCAUUUUGGCGGGAAAAUCACAAUCCAGAGGCAUAGUGAUCGUGGCAUUUUCUCGAAGCCCGUCGUAUUAUGUUGAUUUGCUGAAGAAUGGAGGAUUCGAUGGUGUUUCGUUGGAUAAAUGGGUCCGGAUACUAGAUUGUUAUACCGAUCCUCUUGGUUGGAAGCAUAGGCUUAAGGAAAGUGGGAAGAUUGGCAGCUCUCCAGAUUCAUCUUCUUGGAUAACAGUUUUCAGGGAUGUGAGGAAUUUGGAGAAAUUACUUUCUGGCAUACUUGAACUGGGAAAAGGAAUUGUUGGACAAGGGAAGGAUCGAUUCUGCAUAGCAAUAGACUCGGUAACCGAGUUACUUAGAGAUGUCCCUUUGUCAUCUGUAGCUGGUCUUCUAAGUAAUAUUCGUUGCCAUGAACAAGUUUCCUGUGCCUUUUGGCUGUUGCAUUCAGAUAUUCAUGAUUUGAGUGUAAUUGCUGCUCUUGAGUAUAUGUGCUCUAUCGUGGCUAGUGUGGAAGGUAUAACUCAAUUGAAAAGUGGACAACAAGGCCUUUUUUUGCUUGAGCAGAAUCUUAGAAAAGCGAAGUUGAGGGUGCGCCUCAAGCGAAGAAAUGGAAGAGUUAGAUUGAUGUCUGAAGAAUUUUAUGUUAAGCAAUCAGGAAUUUCGUUUACAUCAAUUUCUUCUUCUGAGGAGUCAAUGGCACAGACACUAGUGCCGAAGGUGCAAUUUAAUUUACAGUUGUCAGAAAAAGAGCAAAUUGAUCGUUCGAAAGUAGUUCUUCCUUUUGAACACCAAGAAUCAGACAGAGCUAAGCAAAUCUAUGAUGGUCGGCAAUCUUUUAUGGACGGGCAAAAUGGGAUAGAAACUGAAGCUUCACAAUCAACUGAGAAAGCUUCUAUAGGUGAGAUAGUGUACAUUCGUGAUUCGGACGAUGAGAGGCCAGAUUCUGAUGAGGACCCUGAUGAUGACUUGGAUAUAUAGCCUUGAUUUAUAUGAGACUGUGAUUUACAGAAAAAUUGAUUUUUUCGAAGUAUAUCAAAUUUCACCAGAUUGCUUAGUUGAAGUAAUGAGUUUUACAAUGAAAUGGAUGUAUCACUACUAAAUAGCAGUCCUUAAGGUUUUCCAUAUACCUUUAGGAAGGAACCAAAGAGCUUUUGCUCGAUCAUAUGCCAAACCAACCCUUCUUUGAGGUUGUCAGCAACUUAUCAUGGCAUCCGUCGAAUCAAGUGGGAGCUCAAUUGUCACCUAUCAAACAUGAGUUUUGAGA